GUCCGUGUUACACUUUGUUCGAGUAGAGUUGGUCCAUUGUAGUGAUCUCACAAAUUGUAGAUAAACAUCGAACAUAUACGUAUUUUCAAUUGCUUGAAUCAAAUAGGAAGUAAAAACAAAAAAAGCGUUGAACUGACUUAAUAGACAGGAAUUAUGCAGUUGUGAGAACGUGGGAGUUACUGCAGCUAUUUAAUUUGCCCAGAUUAAAUUAGCCAGUGUCCAAAACACAAGAUGAGAGAUGUUCACGAUAACCUGGACGGCAUUGAGGCCUUUCCAGAUGAACAAAAUAUAGAAGCAGCCAUCUACUCUAACAUCACAUCUGGCGAUCAUGAACUUCCUAUCGACAUGCGUUUCAAUGACGGACAUAAACUAUCUAUUAUAGUAUAUAGUUUUUUAUUUGUAUUUUCCGCUAUCGCGAAUAUAACUGUUUUAGUGUUGUUACUCAAGAGAAGAAGAAAUAAUCCUUCCAGAAUAAAUAUGAUGCUGAUACAUUUGGCGAUAGCUGAUUUAUUGGUUACAUUUCUUAUGAUGCCAUUGGAGAUAGCUUGGUCUAUAACAGUUAUGUGGAUAGCUGGUGAUGUUAUGUGUCGAGUAAUGUUAUUUUUUAGAAUGUUUGGGCUUUAUCUAUCAAGUUUCCUUCUUGUUUGCAUCAGUAUAGACAGAUAUUAUGCUGUACUGAAACCACUUCUUCUUUCUGCCUUGGAUAGGAGAGGCAGAGUUCUUAUAAUAGCAGCUUGGACAGGAGCCGUGCUUUGUAGUAUUCCACAGUCCAUUGUUUUCCACGUUGAAAGGCAUCCCAUUUUUAAGUCGUAUACGCAGUGUGUAACUUUCAACUCAUUUUCAUCACGCACAAUGGAAAUUUCUUACGCAGCUUUUGGAAUGCUGAUGAUGUACGCGUUUCCACUAGUGGUCAUCAUUUCUUCAUAUGCAGCCAUACUAAUGGAGAUUUGUAGGAGAACCAGAAAUCCAACCGGAGAUAGCAUAACCCGAUCCAGCUUACCAUUUUUGAGCAAGGCAAAAAUAAGAACUUUGAAAAUGACUAUAAUUAUCGUUUGUGUUUUCUUUAUAUGUUGGACGCCUUAUUACAUCAUGAGUAUUUGGUACUGGAUUGACCAUAAAUCAGCUGAGAAAGUUGACGUCCGACUUCAAAAGUUUCUAUUUUUGUUCGCCUGUACCAACUCCUGUAUGAAUCCCUUGGUGUAUGGAGCUUUCAAUUUAAGAGUUCUUAGAAAAGUCGUCAGAAGAGAGGGACCUAACGUUGUAUCUGAUAGGAGCAGUAUUAAAGAAAGGCCCGAAAUAAUAUGUCUUGUUUCCUGGAGAAAAGCACGAGAUGAAGGACACAAUAUAACGAUUACUGAACGAACUUCCUGUUCUAGUUUAAACAAUAUUCACAUGGUGAAUUUAGUCAGCAGAAACUGACGACGGAAGAUUUGUAUUGUUCAGUAUUCUAUUUUGAAAUGAAUUCCUCAAAAUAUUUU